AUGGCGGCUCCAGGAUGGUCUGACCGGGUCCGGGAGCUGCUCAGAAGGAUGAAUUCUUUCCACGGAGCAGACUCUUUCAAGGAUCUGUGCCUGCCAUUUAUGGUUGGUGGACAACAGGUAGGCUAUGUGCCACAGGCUGUAGCCGAACAUCUCCAUCAGUAUCCAGCUGUUUUCUCAGUGUCUCAGGGAGAUGACACACAUGCGUAUGUGACGCUUAACAAGCAACUGGCAUCCUAUGAGCAACGAACAGCUGCCGUGGAAGGGGUAUUCAAGGAACUAAGGGCGCAGCAAGCUUUUCCCUGCCUGAAAGAGUGGAGGGACGAGCUCUACAAUGUGAUGCCCUGUUUUUUUGACACACCUCUCUUCAGCAUGGAGCGUGCUGCAACCCCAUUAUUGGGUGUAAAGCGCUAUGGUGCUCACCUGAAUGGCUACACUUGGAAAAAUGGUCAGAGGUAUAUGUGGCUGGCUCGUAGGGCCAUGGACAAACCCACUUAUCCUGGCUUAUUGGAUAACCUGACUGCUGGUGGCAUUGCAACAGGGCUGAGUGUCAGAGAAACGCUAGUGAAAGAAUGCCAAGAAGAAGCUUGUAUCCCCACCUCCCUCGCUGCACAAGCCAAAGCUGUUGGAACUAUCAGCUACACGUAUGAGGGUGCACAUGGAGAGAUUUAUCCAGAAUGCCAGUUCAUAUUUGACCUGGAACUGCCUGAAGAAUUUGUGCCCCAGGUGGGUGAUGGAGAGGUGCAGGAGUUCUACCUUUGGCCACUUGAUAAGGUGAAAGAGGUCAUUGCAUCUUCAGAUUUCAAGCCCAAUUGUGCAAUGGUGGCACUGGAUUUUCUUAUCAGGCACAGCUACAUCCAACCUGAUGAAGAACCUCAUUAUGUAGAGCUGGUGGAAGGGCUACACCGAACGCUUUAAAAGGGCAAUGCUGCCCAUUUUGUUGAUAAAGAGCACUUCUAGGCCUUCUGCUAGGCCAGUUCUUGCCAAAGAAUGGUAUUGUAGAUGGAUCCCGGAAGGACAGACUAUAGCAAGAGUCCAGUUUGACUCAAUAGUGGCUGCCUGUUUCUUAGCAGGCCUAUGUGCAGGACUUGUACCAUAAGGGAAUACUGUUAUAGCAAAUCAGUGUACUUCUAUA